CUCUAUUUAUGACAUUUGAAGUAUUAUUCAUCAUAUCAAGCAUCAAGAUUGUAAUCAUAGGUGAUAUAUUUUGCUAAAAUCAUAGUUGAAAAAUCUGUCACAUGACACGUCGAGACUUCACGCCGGGUCAAGAUGGCUGCCAUUUGUAGAUCUUCCCGAUUUUUGACUUCAUUUGAGGACAAAUUGCCAUACUGUGCAAGAUGUUUGAGUACCACAUCCAGAACAGAUGCUGCUGCAGGCAAGAGGAGUCUGGAGAAGAAAGGAGUGAAGAACAUAGUGCUCGUUGAAGGUGUGAGGACACCUUUCCUCAUGUCUGGAACGCAAUAUAAAAACCUCAUGCCCCAUGACCUCCAGAGAACAGCACUACAAGGUCUCUUGAAAAGAACAGAGAUUGAUCCAGAUGAAGUUGGUUACAUAACAAUUGGAACUGUCAUACAGGAGGUGAAAACCAGCAAUAUUGCAAGAGAGGCUGCAUUAGGUGCUGGUUUCUCACAGUUCACACCUUCCCACACAGUGACCAUGGCUUGUAUUUCAUCUAAUGCAGCUAUUACCACAGGUAUGGGUAUGAUAGCAACUGGCCAUACGGAUACUGUAGUGGCUGGUGGUGUAGAGUUUAUGUCAGACGUCCCUAUAAGGCACAGCCGAAAGAUGAGGAAACUAAUGCUUAGUAUGAACAAGGCUAAGACACCAGGUGCCCGGCUAGGCCUAAUAGGUCAAAUGAUGAGCCCCUCUGUCUGGAAUCCAGAAUUACCAGCAGUUGCUGAGUUCUCCACUGGAGAGACCAUGGGCCACUCUGCAGAUAGGCUGUGUGCUGCAUUCGCUGUCAGCAGAGAUGAGCAGGACGCAUUUGCCUUAAGGUCCCACCAGAAUGCUGCCAAAGCUACCAAAGAAGGUUUACUGACUGAUGUGCUCACAUAUAAAGUCCCAGGUGUUGCAGAGCCAGUUACUCAAGACAAUGGUAUUCGACCAUCAUCUAUGGCAGCCAUGGGCAAACUAAAAGCUGCCUUUAUCAAACCACAUGGAACAGUUACAGCUGCCAAUGCAUCAUUCUUGACUGAUGGUGCCUCUGCCUGUCUCAUAAUGUCUGAAGAGAAGGCGCUUGCCAUGGGUUAUAAACCAAAGGCAUACCUGCGUGAUUACCUCUAUGUCUCUCAGGACCCUAAGGACCAGCUACUUCUUGGACCUGCUCAUGCUACCCCCAGGAUCUUGGAGAAAAAUGGACUGACUAUGGGAGAUAUUGAUGUGUUUGAAUACCAUGAGGCUUUCGCAGGACAGAUCUUGGCCAACUUCAAGGCUCUCGACUCUGAUUGGUACAGCAAGACCAUGAUGAAACGUUCCGGAAAAUUUGGAGCUCCACCAAUGGAGAAAGUGAACACCUGGGGUGGCUCCCUUUCUUUGGGCCAUCCAUUUGGGGCUACUGGCGUUAGGCUGGCCACCACAGCUGCUAACAGACUGAAGAAAGAAGGUGGUCAGAUUGCUUUACUGGCAGCAUGUGCUGCAGGAGGACAGGGGCAUGCAAUGUUAGUGGAGGCUUAUCCCAACAAAUAAAUUAUUCCACAAUCAAUACCAUACGACAAAUAAUCUAAAACAACCAUGAGAGAACUUUCACUAUUUAGGAUAUUUCAUCAUCAAGGCAGACAUUCCUAGUUUAAAGCUUAUAAAACAUUACCCAGAAGAGAGGAGCAUCUACAUAAAUAAAAUUUUUCAAUUUCUGUAUCAACCUGUAGUUUAUAAAUUGGUUCAAUCACAAAUGAGACUCAUAUCUGGACAAUCAAUAUUAUAAACUUUAAAACGUCCGAUCUGCAACUUCAAUGCAAUUUAUAUCAAAAGCUAAAGCGUAGUCAUAUAAAUUUAUGUUAUGAGUCUUAUUUUUUAUUUCAUUGUGAUAAAAACCUGUACAAAGUGUAUCAUAUAGUGAGGAUUCAUUAUGUAUAAAGGUUAAAAUAUAAAAUGUAUGAAUUAAUAUUUAUGUAUAUACAGUGCUAUAAAAUAAAAUGCAAACAUACACAGGAUAUCAUGUGUUUUAAGGAAUAACAUUUAAUCCAUGAUUGUUUGAACACAAUCAAUAAUCUGACAAAUGAGUUUUGAUACAUGUAUGUUGACAUAAGUGGAUUAAAAGUAUUACAUUCUGAAUAACUACAGGAUUUCCUGAUUAUCCCAUUAUUGUUGUGGAAAGUUUAUUCAUCAAUAUUUUUGUUGUGUCAUUGUUAAUCCUAUUGGUUUAGUGAAGACCACUUGAAAAAGCUUCAUCAGGACUUUAUCAGAUGCAAUAGCAUCUAUACUUUAAGUAUGGACAGAUUACUACAGUAGCAAUAAACUCUUCCCAACAAUAAUUAUGGGAUGUUUACAUUUUAUAUAUACUUUAACACAAUGAUGUAUUUCUUUUUCAUUGCAAUCAAGGAAGAGUAACUUCAUUGUAAUUUAUUUUGUGAUUCAGAAUUGCCUGGUUGACAUGUAAGUCAGUGUUCCAGGAUAUUUAAUUUGAUAAAUGAAUAUUGAUUUGUUUUGUCCAAUUUGUGUUUACUUAAUUAAUCAUCAUCCUUUAAGUUGGUUUAUAUAUGUCAUUUAUGUAUGUCAAAGAAAACGGGUCGAUGUUCA